CAGUUUGAUCCUGUUCCAGUUCAGCAGCUGUGAGUGACCCGACUGCUCGAUCGCUAUCAUUUGGAUGAAGAUGAGACAGCUGAGAGCGUUCAUCCUGUUGACCCUGGCCGUCCUCGCCACAGCCAGACCGAAAACAGAACCUGAGCAGAAAUGUAAGUCUGGUCCGGUGGAUCUCGUGUUCCUCAUCGACAGCUCUCGCAGCGUCAGGCCACACGAGUUUGAGACCAUGAGGAAGUUCAUGAUCGACAUCAUUAACACCCUGGAUAUUGGACUAAACAGCACCAGAGUGGGAGUUGUUCAGUAUUCCAGUCAGGUCCGCACCGAGUUCACUCUGAAGACUCACGGCAGGCUGGACAGCAUGGUGAAAGCCAUCAAUCAGAUCAUCCCCUUAGCUCAGGGUACCAUGACCGGGCUCGCCAUCAGAUACAUGAUGAAUGAAGCUUUUACUGCUGAGGCAGGAGACAGGCCGAAGGUUCCUAACGUGGCCGUGAUCGUGACAGACGGACGUCCUCAGGACCGCGUGGCUGAGGUGGCAGCUGACGCCAGAGAAAAAGGCAUUGAGAUCUACGCUGUGGGAGUGGCCAGAGCAGAUAUGACAUCACUGAGGGCCAUGGCCUCGCCACCCUUCGAGGACCACGUCUUCCUGGUUGAGUCCUUUGAUCUCAUUCACCAGUUUGGUCUUCAGUUCCAGGACAAGCUCUGCGGUGUGGAUCUGUGCCUGGAGUCGGAUCAUGGCUGUGAGCACAUCUGUGAGAGCUCUCCGGGCUCCUACCACUGCCUCUGCCUGCCCGGAUACUCUCUGAACCAUGAUGGGAAAACAUGCGCAGCCAUAGAUCUAUGUGCUGAGGGAAAACACAACUGUGAACAAAUCUGCAUCAGCUCCCCGGGGUCCUUCACCUGUGACUGCAACAAAGGAUACAAACUGAACAACAACAAGAGGACCUGCUCAAUGAUCGACUACUGCGCGUUUGGAAACCACAGUUGUGAUCAUGAGUGUGUGAGUGUGCUCAAUGGCUAUCACUGCCGCUGUAACCAGGGAUACAGGCUGCUGCGGGACGCCAAGACCUGCCAGGCCAUCGACCUGUGUGCUGAGGGGAAGCACGACUGUGAGCACAUCUGUGUGAGCGCGCCCGGCGUCUUCACCUGCGACUGCAAGAAGGGAUACACACUCAACGAGGACAAGAAGACCUGCACACCCAUCGACCUGUGUGCUGAGGGGAAACACGACUGUGAACAGGUCUGUGUCAGUGCGCCCGGCGUCUUCACCUGCGACUGCAACAAAGGAUUCAAACUCAACAAGGACAAAAGGACCUGCACAAACAUGAACAUGUGUAACACAGUGGAGCAUGGCUGUGAAUACCAGUGUGUGAACACUGCAGGCUCUUACUACUGUAUCUGCCCCGAGGGACAACUGCUGCAGGAGGACGGCAAGAGCUGCGGCACCUGCAAGUCUGCCAACAUCGACCUGGUGCUUCUGAUCGACGGCUCCAAGAGCGUCCGCCCUCAAAACUUUGAGCUUGUCAAAAAGUUUGUUAACCAGGUUGUGGACUCCCUGGAUGUGUCUGCUCAUGGCACCAGAGUUGGUCUGGUUCAGUACUCCAGCCGGGUCAGGACUGAGUUCCCCCUCAACAUGUACCACACUGCUGACGAGAUCAAAGCUGCUGUCAUGAAGGUUGAUUACAUGGAGAAAGGUACGAUGACAGGUCUGGCUCUGAAGCACAUGCUGGAAAACAGCUUCUCUGAGGCAGAAGGCGCUCGUCCUUUGAACCGCAACAUCCCCCGAGUCGGGCUGGUGUUCACAGACGGGCGCUCCCAGGAUGACAUCACUGAGUACGCCAAGAAGGCUAAAGAAGCCGGCAUCACCAUGUACGCGGUGGGCGUGGGGAAAGCUGUGGAAGAUGAGCUUCGUGAGAUCGCGUCUGAGCCUGUGGAGAAACACUUCUACUACACCACUGACUUCACCGCCAUCAACACCAUUGCUGAGAACCUCAAACUCAAUGUCUGCCCAGAGGAGAGUCAGGGGGAGAUCGAGGUGAAGGACCCCUGUGUCUGUGAGAGCCUGGUGGAGUUCCAGCAGGCCACGAUGAACAACCUGGAGCAGCUCGCACAGAAACUGGCUGGGAUGGCCGCCCGCCUGGAACAGCUUGAGAACCAGCUGCUCUCCAGGAAGUGACCUUCUGACCAGUGUGAGCGCGCAGAACGGCAAGAGGAAGACGAACAAACUAAAGCUUGAUUUAUAAACCUGUGUUAAAUCCACCCCACAGGUACAGCAUAACUGCACACCCUACCUGUGUUAGGCCUGCUUGGUACUGAAACACUGUGUAAUCACAGCAUUUUGAUUAUAAAUAUAAAUAUAAUAGGUUGUAAUAAUCUGUGUAGAGACUCCCAUCAGCUCGGCAGUCUUCCUGCAUUUCAGUAUUUAUUAGCUUCAAGUCCAAAAAGAAAGCGAGCUCUGGGGAGCGUGAACACAGGAUUAUAAAUCAAGCUUCAGGAACAGUUCGGCACGUCUCGGCAAACUCAUCAAAAUCAGACGACACGGACAAAAAGUACCUUCAGCAGAGAGAAGCCGCCUUCCUCAGCUUUUACCAAGCUGACAAACAGAAAGCACACGGAUCUGAAGCUUCAGCUUCCCCACGACGUCUGUUCGAAUAUGCGUGCUUAUCACAGAGGUUUCACAAAACAUGAAGGCCUGAACCCCCGCCCCUCACCUGAUCUGUGACCUCAGCAACACCUACCUGAUGAGUUUAGGGUCUCCAGGUCACCAGUUUACACUUUGAUUGAAUACAAGUUUUCUAAGCUAUGGUCCAGUUAGAAGUGAUGGAGAAAAACCAUCUCCAUCUACGUCCAUCUGUCCACAUGAUUCAGUGAAGAUCACACAGUGUUCAUUCAUAGCUACACAUCACUCACCUGUUUAGUUAUUUAUACUUGAUCUCUUUCUUUGUUUAAUAUGUGUUUAUUACAGUAGAACGACCAAAAAAGUGCUUUUACCACUCUGAUCACGAAACUCCUUUGGGUCAUUUUUAAUAAAAUCAUUACCUGUUUGCAUGCAGACUGUAGCUUUUAUUUCUAGAUGCUUUUGCAGUGGUGAGAAAUGCUGAGGAGACAGCGGGGUUAGAGUUGUUAAAAAGGGAGUUUAAGUAUCACCUCAGCGGGGCUGUGGGCUGUUGUUGAAGUAAGAGUGUAACACAUUAAUGUCCCACGAAUGAACAAUACCAGAAAAGGAGCAGCCGACCCUUUAAACAACCAGCCUGCAGUCAUCAAAUCACCUCGAGAUCAUGUUGAAUGUCUGCGUCCUAUAAUGUUGUAUAAAAGACCACCAUAAAUUUAUACGCCUCAUAUUUGAACCCUGUAUGUUUUUCUAUGUUUUAUAACAGGUUUUUGUAUUUUUAUAAGGAGUCUGUAUUACACAAUAAAGGAGUGAACUUUGA